UAGCUGGUUCAUCUAGAGAUUGGCAUCAUACGAAAAUUAACGGGGAAAUAAGUAAUUGGGGAAGGAUUUGAUUACACAAGAACCCAAAUGAUGAAAACAGUGAGUAUUCACCAAUCUUGGCAAAACAACUAAGAUUUGUGUACUCAACGUCUUUUCUCUGAUCUUCAAACUGGUGCUGCUGUGGCGAACACUUCAACCUGCCACCACCGGUUGUGUUCCGGCGUGAAGGAGGUUUUAUCCUGCACUCAAACUAACUGCAAGUUUUAUUGUUACUCAUCCGCAAAGGUUUAACCAAAUGGAGGGAGGAUCGAGAGAUUUAGCCAUUGAAAUAGAACAUUUAGAGAGAGAAUGGACUAAGACGCUUCAAGAUGUGAAUCCUCCAGAGAUGGAUGAAAUCCAUAUGCAAAGCAUUUAUAGGGUACCACCAAAUAUUCGUGAUUAUAAUCCCAAAGCCUACACACCUCAAAUUGUUUCCGUUGGUCCUUAUCAUCACAACAGUUUUGAGGCAAUGGAAAAGCUUAAACUCAAAUAUCUCAAGGGACUUCUAAAUCGAACAGAAAUACCUAUAAGGGAAUUUCUUGCCAAAAUUAAAGAUUUGGAAGAAAAAAUUCGAGUUUGCUACGCAGACAGAAUUAUAUACCAGGGUCAUGAUUUCUUAAAUAUGAUUCUAGUUGAUGCUUGCUUUAUAAUUGAACUUUUUCUAAGAUGUCAUGACUAUAAUGGCUGGAAGGGAAAAGAUCCUUUGUUGCUAAAACCAUUGUUGGAAAUUAAUAUUUGCGUUGAUUUGGUAAUACUGGAAAAUCAACUUCCAUUCUUUGUUCUUGAACAACUUUACAACCUCACCGGAAUGGAUGAGAAAUUACUCGACAUUACUUUCGAAUAUUUUGAAAGAAUACCUUUAGGAAUCGUGUGUCCAAGAGAGAGUCCAAAACACUUCACUGACUUGUUAAGGUCUUGUAUAAUAUCAUCAUCAGAGCUUGGUCUUGGAAAACCCAAAGAAGGUAAAGAAGUUAGACAUGUAUACAGUGCAAGCCAACUAAUGGAGGCAGGUCUUAAGUUCAAGAUCAGUCCAAAUAAAAGCUUACUUGACUUGACCUAUUCUAAACAUGGAGUGUUGAGCAUGCCAAUCUUCAAUAUAGAUGACAGUACAGAAGUUUUGUUGAAGAAUAUGAUGGCAUAUGAGCAAUGCCACCCUUCUGCUACAGACAUCAUUACACAAUAUGUAGUGAUUCUUGAUUUUCUUAUCAACACUGAAAAAGAUGUCGACGUACUUAUUGACAAGAAAAUUAUUGUCAAUUUGAUGGGUGAUGCUAAUAAAGUGGUUACAAUGAUUAAUAAUCUGAACUCAAAUCUUCCUAUGACAUAUUUCAAUUCACACUAUUUCUCCAUCUGCAAUAGUUUGAAUGAAUUCUACGAAAAUCCUCGGAACAAGUACAAGGCUAUCUUCAUACAUGAGUACUUCAACACUCCUUGGAAAAUAGCAUCUACUAUUGCUGCAAUUGUGCUACUUCUGCUCACGUUUAUUCAGACCGUAUGUUCAAUCCUCUCACUAUUUCAGGGUAAUUAAUGAGAUACGGUCGUUAAAUCAGGAACAAGAACGUCAGUUCAGUUAAGGGAAGAAGACGUUGAUCAUUGUAUCUGAUUGUGUAAGUUGUAUUUGUAAGAGAAUCUUGUAAUAAGAUGAUUCACUUUAUCGUUGUUUUCUUUCCUCAAGAUAAAGAUUCAACUGCUUGUCUAAUUUUUCCACUCUGUGCUUAACUUUAACAACCUUUUAUUCACUAAGUACUUUAUUACGAGCU